AUGAAACUCAUCGUCGCCGGAUCAACGGGGUUUGUCGCCACAGAACUCAUCAAACAAGCCCUCUCCAGCCCGGAAAUCACAUCCAUCAUAAUUCUUGCUCGUCGUGAAACAUCUACACCACAAACCCUUGACGAUAAUGCUGACAUCAUCAAAUUCAAAGCUGUCAUUUGUGAUAGUUUCUCAAAUUAUUCGGAGAGUGUGAGGAAGGAACUUGAGGGUGCGGAUGCGUGUGUUUGGCUCAUUGCAAUAACCCCUUCUAAAAUGAAAGAUUCAACAUUAGAUGAAGCGAGGAAAAUCUGUGUAGAGUACACAGUAAACGGGCUCGAAACUAUUACCCAGCUUCCGCGUGAAAAGGAUGCUAGACCUUUUCGGUUUAUUUAUGUUAGUGGACAUAAAAGUGAAAGAGAUCAGAGUAAACAGCCUUGGGUUAUGGGUGAUUAUCUUUUGAUGCGGGGUGAAGCUGAAUCCCGUGUCGUCGAUUUUGCUCAUGCGUCACAUGGGUCAGUGGAAGCAUGUAUAGCGAAACCAGGACUGAUAGAUAGACCGGAUCGUCGGCAAGGGUUGGUGGGUAGUGUAUUGUCGACAAUUGGGAGAAGUCUUAUUGGGCUUCCGAAAGUGGAUGUUAGUCAAAUUGCGGCGACUUUGUUGGAGCAGGCAGCCAAGGGGAUUAAGAAAGAGACGUUAUCGAAUGAGGAUCUGGUCAGGAUUGGGGAUAAGGCGUUGAGUGGUUAG